UCACAGAGACCAUUGGUGCUCACCCUGACUUCUAGUUUCACUCAGAACCAUAGAAUUGCUAUCACAUCCAAACAGAAGCAAGGGGAUUUUAUCAUGGCGGAGCUCAUCAUCUCGGCGGUUGUCGGGGACAUGGUCGGUAGGGUGAUAUCUCUUCUCGCUGGCCGGUUCAAAGGCCAAGGGUGCACCGAAGCCAAGCUACGGAGGAUUUGCCAUAUGCUUGUCAAGGUUCACAGUGCGGUAGAGGAGGCCAAAGGGAGGCAGAUCACAAACUACGGUACCCUCGAGUGGCUUUCAGAACUCAGCGACAGUGUGUACCAGGGCCGCUACUUGCUCGACACGGUCGGAUGCAGAGAGGAGUUUGAAGAUGAGCAUGCUGACAAGGUAGUUGCACAACCUUUCUCUUUCUCCUUGCUUAAUCCUGCAAAGCGUGUGCGCUUAGCGGCAGGUGCCGUGAAGAGCCUAUUGUCUCGCCAAGAUGUUGGUGUUCCUGAGAUAGAUAGAGUGGUAGAGAUCUUAGAGGUCGUAUCCGGUGAUCUCAAGGAGUUCCUGAUGCUCCUACAGAACUGUCAGCCGAUCCAACGCCCUUUGGCUACUAAUAUCUUUGUCGAGGGGCAGAUGUUCGGUCGACAUGUCGAGAAAGAGAGGAUCAUCAACUUCCUACUGCAUGAUGGUGGUCCAUCAACUGGGGGGAAACUGGGUGUGCUCCCGAUUGUUGGCGGCAUGGGAGUCGGGAAGACCACCCUUGCGCAGCAUGUCUGCGAUGAUGAGAGGGUGCGCAACCACUUCCCAAUAAUUUUGUAUUCCAAUUUCUCAUACACCAGAGCAAUGGCUCGGGAUGAGGCGGUGUUUGUUCUUGGAUCCAAACACACAGUUGGAGAUGCUCAAAAAUUCAUCGAGUCACUACAUGUACUUAAGGAGAAAUGCCUCACCAAGAGGUUCUUGAUGGUAUUUGAAGAUGUUGACAUGGGCAAAAAACAGAUGCUAGAAGAGUUACUGCCAAUCUUGAGACAUAGCAAAUUCGGGAGCAGGAUCGUAAUCACCACAAACAACGGGGAUGUCGCCAGCUUGGGAACUGUGCAGCCAAUCAAUCUGAAGGUUAUGCCGCAUCAGGAGUACUGGUUCUUCUUCAAGGCACACGCGUUUGCUGGCAGAGAUGUCGAGGAGGACCCAAGGAUGCUAGCAGCAGGCAAGGUGAUUGCGAGGAAGCUAAAUGGGUCCUUCUUCGGAGCAAAAAUCAUCGGUGGGGUGCUGAAAGCUCAUCCGAAUCCCCGGUUCUGGAGCAAGGUGCUGAGGAGCAAUAUAGGGGGGUUGUCUCUGCUGGGCGAUGGAAUUGGGUACAUUGGAGAUUUGGCAGAAAAUCUGCUACCAAUCUACGCAGACGUGUGUAAGGUGACCCUUUCUAGGAGUCCAUUUAUCUUUCAGACAGAACUGGCUAGGUUGGAGGAUCUGUAUCAGGCAAGUCCGCUUGGUGAUAUCCGAUUUGGAAAAAUUCUGUUGUGCAUGAAAUUGCUAGAGGAAUUUAUCAUGGCGGAGGUCAUCUUCUCGGCGGUUGUCGGGGACAUGGUCGGCAGGGUGAUAUCUCUUCUUGCCGGCCAGUUCAAGGGCCAAGGGUGCACAGACGCCAAGCUACGGAGGAUUUGCCAUAUGCUUGUCAAGGUUCACAGUGCAGUAGAGGAGGCCAAAGGGAGGCAGAUCACAAACUGCGGCACACUUGAGUGGCUUUCGGAGCUCAACGACGGGGUGUACCAGGGCCGCUACUUGCUCGACACGGUCCGAUGCAGAGAGCAGGAGCUUGACAAUGAGCAUGCUGACAAGGUAGUUGCACAACCUUUCUCUUUCUCCUUGUUUAAUCCUGCAAAGCGUGUGCGCAUAGCAGCCGGCGCCAUGAAGAGCCUAUUGUCUGGCCAUGAUGUUGGUGUUGGUGAGGACAUAGAUAGAGUGGUAGAGAUCUUGGAAACCGUAUCUACUGAUCUCAAGGAGUUCAUGAUGCUCCUACACAACUGCCAGCCCAUCCAUCGUCCUUUGGCUACUAAUAUCUUUGUCGAGGGGCAGAUGUUCGGCAGACACAUCGACAAAGAGAGGAUCAUCAACUUCCUGCUGCACGAUGGUGGUUCGUCAACUGAAGAAAAAGUGGGUGUGCUUCCCAUCGUCGGCGACAUAGGAGUCGGGAAGACCACCCUUGCGCAGCAUGUCUGCGAUGAUAAGAGGGUGCGCAGCCACUUUCCAAUAAUCUUAUAUUCCAAUCUCUCAUACACCAGGGCAAUGGCAAGGGGUGAGGCAGCGUUAGUUCUAGGAUCCAGACACACAGUUAAAGAUGCUAAAGAAUUCAUCGAGUCACUGCAUGUACUCAAGCAGAAAUACUUCACCAAGAGGUUCUUGAUGGUAUUUGAAGAUGUUGACGCGGACAAGAAGCAGAUGCUAGAAGAGAUACUGCUGAUCUUAAGACAUGGAAAACAUGGAAGCAGGAUCAUAAUCACCACAAACAGCAGGGCCAUCGCGGCGAGCAUGGGAACGGUGCGGCCGAUCAGUCUGAAGGUCAUGCCGCACCAGGAGUACUGGUUCUUCUUCAAAGCGCACGCGUUUGCCGGCAGAGAUGUAGAGGAGGACCCAAGGAUGCUAGCAGAAGGCAAAGCGAUUGCAAGGAAGUUAAACGGGUCCUCCUUCGGAGCGAAAAUCAUCGGCGGGGUGCUGAAGGCUCAUCCGAAUCCUCAGUUCUGGCGCAAGGUGCUGAGAAGCAAUAUAGGGGGGUUAUCUCUGUUGGGUGAUGGAAUUGAGUACAUUUCAGAUUUGACAGAGAAUUUGCUACCGAUCGACGCAGACAUGUCUAAGGUGACCAUUUCUAAGGUUCCAUAUCCCUCUCAGACAGAACUGGCCAGGUUGGUAUAUCAGGCAAGUCCUAGCGCUAGUGUUGUUGCCCCGCGUGGUGAUAACGGGUUUGCGAAAGUCUUGUUGUGCCGGUCAGUGCUGCCAUUCCAAGUAUUGUACUACACUGCUCAUUGCAGUGUCCGCGGGCCGAACUAUUCACCAGAGUGCAUCAAACUCGAAAGAAGUAGAUUUGCCCAUCUUACUCCCAUCAAGAAAAGAUUUCCUAAUAUCAGUAAUAUAUGUGUGUGAAGAUCAGACAGGAAUUAUGCCUAUUUACAUGGAAUUGACUGGUCCGUGCAGAGUAGAAUACUCUGUUUUGAGUUGCAUUGUACUAGUUCUUGUUUAUUUCUGUAUUCUUAGCUUGCUUGUGUUGCCUCCCCGGUAUGUACAUGAAGCUAGCUCGGAUAACUGUAACCUGGCCCUUGAUGUGUGGAAUGAAAAGUAGCGAGUCUCUUAUGCGGUUCC